CCCAAUGCAGCCCACCAGCCAAGACGAGAAGCACGCCAGAUCCAGCUCUUCACUCUAGUUGUACAAACCCACUGAAGAAUCAUGAAUAGAUCCAGACAUGUAGGCAAGAUUCGGAGGCGGCUGGAGGACGUCAAGAACUGGUCAUUCCGACUGGUAAAAAUGGAUUUUAGUCACAAUGAGAGUGUGCGUCUUGCCACUGAUGCCCUCUUGGAUGGCGGGGUCCAAUCUUACCUCAAGGCCUUGGAGGAAGAGGGAGAAGUGGAUUUCCUGUCGUCGGUGGAAGCUCAGUACAUCAGGAGGAAUGCAAAGGAACCUUACUAUGCUAGAGACUCUCACACUGAUGGAGAAGAAGGGCCAAGGCUGAAUAAUGACGGCCGGUCACUCCAGUCAGGAACCUAUUUCCCUCUCAUCUCUGAGAGCAGCGAACCAGCUCUCCUUCACUCAUGGAGCUCCGCAGAGAAGCCCUACCUGAAAGAGAAGUCAAGCGCCACGGUGUAUUUCCAGACGGAUAAAAACAGCAAUAUUCGAGACAUCAUACGCCGCUGCAUCAACAAGACCUGUCAGGUACUGGCCAUUUUGAUGGAUGUAUUCACAGAUGCAGAAAUAUUCUGUGAUGUCUUAGAAGCUGCUAACAAGCGGAGGGUGUUUGUCUACUUGUUGCUUGACCACAGCAACCUGAAACUCUUCACUGAGAUGUGUGACAAAUUGCAUGUCCCAGAGAAUCAUUUCAAGAAUAUUUCCGUGCGAAGCGUUACUGGGGAGGUUUACUGCGCCAAAUCAGGUCGGAAAUUCUCAGGGCAAAUCCAAGAAAAAUUCAUCAUCUCAGACUGGAGAUAUGUGCUGUCUGGAUCAUACAGCUUCACGUGGCUGUGUGGCCAGGUCCACCGGAACUUCCUCUCCAAAUACACUGGCCAAGUGGUGGAGCUCUUUGACGAAGAGUUCCGGCAUCUCUACGCUAUCUCCAAGCCUGUCGCGGGGCUGCGGCCGCUCUCCCACCCUUCGCUCUUCCUGCUCAACAAGAGCACUGCCGCCACCCAAGGCAGCCUCACCAACAGCAGCAACCAGGGAAGCAUCCACACGCCAUCGGAUCCGUUCAGCUGUCUGUCAAACAACAGCGUCUCGCCAAGCAGGCAACCCCCCAGGAAGACUCCCAUUCAUAGCUGCCACCCAGUAUCACCGUCGCCUCUCAACAGAGUCCACUCCUUCCACGGCUACACCACAUUCAUGACACCACCACUGCCAAAUGGUAUCCAAGUCAACUAUUACCAGCGUCAGUACAUCACAGAGUCACCGGCUGCCCUUUACAACAACAUUCAUAUCUACAGACCUAUGAGAAUGAGGCAAGGGGAUGCCAGCAGAGCACAGCUGAACCCAGUCUGGAGGUGUCUUCACAAAGCCAACCUGAUUGGAUGA